UCAAACGGAAACACCUGUUCCCGGAUUUGAAGCCACGUCCUUGUUGGCUCUCCUCCGCCCCCCGGCCCCUCUUGCUCAGAAGCAUUUCCGGGGCCAGAGUGUUUCUCCCCGCCUCCAGCUGCUCCGGUGUAGUGCUGGAAGCCCCCGGCCUCCCGGAAGUGCCCGCCCCCUAGUGCGUGUCCCCGGCUCCCCGGUUCCCCUGCUCCCCGCCUCCCCUCGGCUGCUGCUGCUGCGGGUACUGUGGCUGCUCUGGGCCCCGGCGGCGGCGGCGGCGAUGGCGGAGGUGCUGCUGCUGCCGGAGGCGGCGGCGGGGGACCGGGACACCCGCGAGAAGCUCGCCCUCUGGGACCGGAGGCCCAACCCCACGGCGCCACUCACCGACCGUCAGACGGAUUCGGUGCUGGAGCUGAAGGCGGCGGCGGAGAACCUGCCGGUGCCGGCCGAGCUCCCUAUUGAAGAUUUGUGUAGCUUAACAUCCCGAUCAUUGUCCAUCUCUCUGACUUCAACUGUGCCAGAAUCUACAGAGGAUAUUCUUUUGAAAGGAUUUGCUUCUUUAGGCAUGGAAGAAGAAAGAAUUGAAACUGCCCAGCAGUUCUUCUCGUGGUUUGCACAGCUACAAACCCAGAUGGAUCAAGAUGAAGGAACGAAAUAUAGACAGAUGAGGGAUUACUUGUCUGGGUUUCAGGAGCAGUGUGAUGCUAUACUGAAUGAUGUUAACAGAGCUCUUCAGCAUCUGGAGUCUUUGCAGAAACAGUAUCUUUUUGUGUCCACGAAGACAGGUACUCUGCAUGAAGCUUGUGAACAGCUCCUGAAAGAGCAGUCAGAACUGGUUGACUUGGCUGAAAAUAUUCAACAAAAACUUUCUUAUUUUAAUGAAUUGGAAACUAUUAACACGAAAUUGAAUUCCCCUACAUUGUCUGUGAACAGUGAAGGAUUUAUCCCCAUGCUGGCUAAGUUAGAUGAUUGUAUAACCUAUAUUUCUUCUCAUCCUAAUUUCAAAGACUACCCUAUAUACUUACUUAAAUUUAAGCAAUGCCUUUCUAAAGCUAUGCACCUUAUGAAGACUUACACUGUGAACACACUACAGAACCUCACAAGUCAGUUAAUUAAACGGGAUCCUUCAUCUGUGCCAAAUUCAGACAAUGCCUUCACUCUAUUUUAUGUAAAGUUUCGAGCUGCUGCUCCAAAAGUCAGAACUCUCAUUGAACAAGUAGAGCAACGAUCUGAGAAAAUUCCAGAAUACCAACAACUUUUAAAUGAAAUCCAUCAGUGCUACCUUGAUCAAAGGGAACUUCUGCUGGGCCCUAGUAUUACUAGUACUGUAACUGAGUUAACAAGUCAGAACAACAGAGAUCAUUGUGCCUUGGUUCGUAGUGGCUGUGCCUUCAUGGUUCAUGUAUGUCAAGAUGAACACCAGCUUUACAAUGAAUUUUUCACAAAACCAACAUCAAAAUUAGAUGAACUUUUAGAAAAACUGUGUGUGUCCUUGUAUGAUGUCUUCAGACCAUUGAUCAUUCAUGUUAUUCACUUGGAGACUCUGUCUGAACUUUGUGGAAUUCUUAAAAAUGAGGUGCUUGAGGAUCACGUACAGAACAAUGCCGAACAGCUUGGGGCAUUUGCAGCUGGAGUAAAACAGAUGUUAGAAGAUGUACAAGAGCGACUGGUCUAUCGGACUCACAUUUACAUUCAGACAGACAUUGCUGGCUACAAACCAGCCCCAGGGGACUUAGCUUAUCCUGAUAAGUUAGUCAUGAUGGAGCAAAUUGCACAGAGUUUAAAAGAUGAACAAAAGAAGGUACCCUCAGAAACCUCCUUUUCCGAUGUUCGGUUAGAAGACACACAGUCUAACAGCCUGAAUAAAUCUGGCACAGGAGACUCUCUUAAUCCUAGACCGCAGGCCACAAUUUCACCAGCAGAUCUUCAUGGAAUGUGGUAUCCCACUGUCCGAAGGACGCUUGUAUGUCUCUCUAAAUUAUACAGAUGCAUAGAUAGGGCAGUGUUCCAAGGAUUAUCCCAGGAAGCAUUGUCGGCUUGCAUUCAGUCAUUACUGGGCGCUUCAGAUUCAAUCUCAAAAAAUAAGACCCAGGUUGAUGGACAGCUUUUCUUAAUUAAGCAUCUUUUGAUUCUUCGUGAACAAAUUGCUCCAUUCCACACUGAAUUCACCAUUAAGGAAAUUUCCCUGGACCUUAAGAAAACUAGAGAUGCAGCAUUUAAAAUCCUGAACCCUAUGACUGUUCCAAGAUUUUUUAGGCUGAAUAGCAACAAUGCUUUAAUAGAGUUCUUGUUGGAGGGUACUCCUGAGAUAAGAGAACACUAUCUUGACUCUAAAAAAGAUGUAGACCGACAUCUGAAGUCAGCAUGUGAGCAGUUUAUUCAGCAGCAGACCAAGCUGUUUAUAGAGCAGCUGGAGGAAUUCAUGUCAAAGGUUUCAGCAUUAAAAACAAUGGCCAAUCAGGGAGGUCCCAAGUAUACUCUCUCUCAGCAGCCCUGGGCACAACCAGUCAAAGUCAAUGACCUGGUGUCAAGUGCCUACAAGAUGAUAAAAACAAAGCUACCAUUGACACUGAGAAGCAUGUCACUAUACCUCUCCAAUAAAGAUACAGAGUUUAUCCUGUUUAAGCCUGUUAGGAAUAAUAUUCAACAAGUAUUCCAGAAGCUCCACGCCUUGUUAAAAGAAGAGUUCAGCAGUGAAGAUAUCCAGAUCAUAGCUUGUCCUUCUAUGGAACAGGUGAACUUGCUGCUGUCGGUGUCCAAAUAAUGAAGUCCCUUGAACUGUUGUAAACAAAUGAAGGUUUGCCAGGCUGGAGCAGGGCUAAGGAUUCACCCAUAUGACCUGCAAGACAUUGGGGGGGUUUGUGGUGAGAUCCCCCAGGGCCCAUAGCUUACUUGAAAGUCCUCUGUGCUUCUCAGCAUUGAUUAUAGAAUAAGAACUAAAGGGUAAAAAGUACCAGAAAUGCCAAAGAUUGACUCGCAACAUAGUUCACUGCCUAAUGUUUUUAAAAUGGCUAUAUGAUAUGCAACUGUUAGAAGUUAAUCUGUGGACAUGCAGUGAAAUGAUUCCUGGAGAAAAUAUGUGCAAUGAAAGUAGGUUACUAGUUAGGAGUAGUGAAGAAAAACCUUGAGCAAGUUAAUUAGAAAGCUUCUAGGAGCAUGGUUGUCUACAGUGUUAGACGUUGUUGAACAGGUUCCCAGAAAGGCUAUUCAUAACACUGUGUAAUGUUCUGUUUCUGACGCCACUUUGUAGCAAAGAUGGGGUAUUCUGGGAGAUAGUCUGCUUUCCUUAGAAUUCAGGGAAUUAUCUUUCUAUGUUUUAUGUAAAGUAGUUGAAAAAAGCAGGUCCUGCAACAAGGCCCUGGCAUCCCUCCUUGCUCCUUAGACUGCCUUAUUGGAGAGCUGAUGGAGAAGAGAGAGCUGCUGCCAGCUCAUAAUGGGCAUGGGAGGUAUCUCUAAUGAAAAUCUACAGUGUUCAAUUGCAGGUGUUUGCGAGCAGCAAGUCCCAAUUAAAGCAUCUUGUGCUUGGGGAGAGCUCUUCUAUGUGGGGGCGAUGGGUUACACGCCUUGGGGUGCACUAACUUCACUUGAAUAGCCCCUUGAAGAGUAAAUGCUUUCAUGGUCUCUGCAGUCACAUGACGAAUCUGUAGCUCUUUUUUAGUGGAUUAAAUCUUGGUGAAGGAGAUAAGAAAGAUGGAGGUAGAUGACAAACACUUUAAAACUCACUGCUAUAUAUCAGGGAUCAUAAAAGAAAUGAUGCACAUCUACAAAUUGCUACAAAAGCAUAGCUCGUGAUUUAGUCUGGGUUUGCAACCAAAGUUAUGUAGUAGAUGUGGGCUUGUUUGGGGAAAGAGGGGAAGCUUCUUUAGGGCUAGUCCAACAUUUGUCCAGAAUGAAGUGCUGAGCAGGACUCUGGCUUGUGAGUAGGCUCUGAUGUGCGGGUAAUGGCUAUCCCUCUUUGUACAGAGAUUUUUACACAGCAUUUUGCACACCUUUAACGGCUCCUGCUCAUUGUGUAGAGCUAUUACAUGUCCUGACGUCCGUUAGAGCGGGUCAUCUGUUUUUCAAGUCAAUUUACAUUUGUUGUAGGGUUUGCUUGAUUAGCUGACUUUUAAGAAGGGAGGUUGAGAGAAGUUCAGGCUUGUUUUCUGAAAUGAACUAAGAGGGAAGAUGUAUUUAUUCUUCCACUUAUUGUUAUACAUAUAUGUUUAAGGACAAAGACUGUAAAAUAUCCAUUUUGUAUAAUAUAUGUAUAUUUGAUCUUUUUGAAUAGCCUUUUCCAAGAGAAAUGAGGGCAUGAUUGCUGUAUAGUAGUACUAUGACUGAUUUAAUUACUUGUACAGAAGAGGGUGUAUUCUUAAGGGUCAAAAUGUUUAGCAGCACUCAUUCUUGUGUUUUGAAUUUUUCAUUUCUGAAAUACUUAAAACACCUCUCAAAGUGCUGAAUAGUAGUGAUCAGACAUUUGCUAAAUGAAUAUUUGUUUAAAUCUGUACAGUUUCAAGUGUUUACUUAUACACAUAGUGUAUAUACUUUCAAAUGAUUAAUUUAAAAUGCUUUAUAUUAUCUGGCUAGGAUCUUGCAGUUUUUAAUAAAUGUGGAUUUUUAAAAAAAUAAAGAUUUUACUUCCUAA